AUGCUUUACUCACCACAUCAAAAUAUUAAUGAAAAUGAAAUAGAAGAAACGUGGGAACAGCAAUUCGGAGAACAAGCAAUGAAAAAUGCGGUAUUAGAUGAAAGGGAAAAUAGUAUAAAAAAAGGAAAGCGAGGAAAGUGGAAUUCAGAGCAAAAAAAUGUAUUGAAAACAGCUUUCAAAGAUCACAUAAAAAACAAAAAAGCUCCGAGAAAAGAAGAAACCGAGUUGAUAAUGAAAAAACAUAAAGAUUUAUUCAAGGAUAAGACGUGGGCCACAGUGAAAGCUUUUGUUUAUAACUGUUAUAAAGGUUAA